AUGCUCUUGAUCUACCUCGAUGACAUCAUUUUGUUUGGGGCCAGUGUACCAGAUAUAAUUGAGAGGCUAGAAGUUGUCCUACAGAGAUUAAGGGAUGCAAAUUUGAAGCUGAAACCCAAGAAGUGUCACUUGUUCCAGAAAGAGGUACAUGUACUUUACUUGGGACACAUAGUUUCAGCAGACGGUGUGAGGACUGAUCCAGCCAAGAUAGAAACUGUGAAGAAAUGGCCAACACCCAAGAAUUCCACUGAACUACGAAGCUUCCUAGGACUAGCAUCUUAUUGCAGGCAAUUUGUGAAGAACUUCUCUCAAGUUGUCAAGCCACUUACCAAUCUAACCAAGAAAGAUCAGUCUUUUGUUUGGAACCAAGAGUGUGAAGAGACAUUCUUAAGAAUGGAGGAAACUUUAACAGCUCCAAUACUGGCUUAUCCUCAGUUAGACAUGGGAUUCAUCCUUGAUACAGAUGCAGACAACUUUGCCAUUCGUGCAGUGCUAUCUCAGGUUCAGGAGGGAAAGGAGAGAGUGAUGGCAUAUGCAAUGCAGGCGGAUGUAAAGACUGACAGUGUUUGCAACCGAAAUUUCUCCAGUUACCCUGAUUUAUGCUACAAUAGGGAUAGAGCUCACCAACAAAACAGAGGAAAGGAAAGACAAGAGAGAGAACGGAGAGAUUGUAUCCGGAAGGAGGAAAAGGAAUGUUUUAGGCGGGAGGCUUGGUCACGGAAAGAGGAGGAACAUUACAAUAGGAGGGAAGAGGAGCUGAAGGAGAAGGAAGAACAAGACCGGAAGGAAGCCAAGCUAAGAAAAGAAAAAGAAGAGCAGGAAAAGAAGAAAAUGAAGAAGGGCAGAGAAAAUCUGAUAAAGAAAGAGCAAAGGAAGGAAGAUACCAAGAAGGAAGAAGAAAUGCUGAUAAAGAAGAAGGAAAAGGAGAAACAAGAGCAAGAAAAAGUCACGAGGAAGGACGAAAGAAUAACGGAGGCUAUUAUCGACCUUUUCAAAGAGAUUGAAAGUGAGGACAAGACGAAUGAAGAAAAAGAAGAAUCAUCUAAUGAGUCUGAUUCAAGCGACUCGGAAGGAAACUAUUCUCAAUAUCUCUUCUGUACCCAUCAAAGGUUCGGACAAAAUUACCAUCGAGGUGCCGAAGCUCGUGAGGGGCAAAAGAUUAAUCACGAAAGUGACCAUACAUACGAGCAUCUACAAGGAACAUGA